AUGGAUCAUAUUUGUCGUUGUGAAAAUGAAAAAACCCUAGGUUUAUUUGUUAAACAACAAGACUAUGAUAAGCAUUCCGAUAGCACGGCUCCUUCUUUUUCCCCAUCAAUUAUUAAUCAUAAUAGCCAUAUACUAAUAUGGUUAUAUGUAAAACUUUUAUUCAAAGUUAUACUCUUAAUACUGAUAUUAAUAGUUUUAGUAAAAUUCGUUCUAAUAGUUAAUCAAGAUUUUAAUACGAAAAUAGAUAUUCUAAACACAAUUGAGCGACAAAAGUAUUUGGAAUGUAGUGAAAAUUACCAUUUAAAUCAUUGUCAUAGUGAUACUGACGAGGAGAUAGUUCCUGCAUUGAAGGAAAUUUGUAAUGAAUAUUUUCUUUGCAUGUCUAACUCCAAUAAUAAUAAAACGACGAUGAAAAGUAAAUUGAUCGUGUCUAUAUUUUCAGAGUUAAUUAAUGAAUUCGUUUCUACGAUUCAUUAUAAAUCGAUGGUUCUACUACUUUUGGUGAUGAUAAUUAUAUUAAAAGUGUUAGUUUUAUAA